AGACUUUCUGUUGUUAAUGUCCGCCAGCCAACAAAUGAACAAUGUUCUGAUUUUGACCGUUCUCAAGAAAUUGAAGACAUUGAAACCAAAAUUAAUAUUUCAAACUUUGAAAUUACUGAAUCACUAGUUAAAAAUUCACGAGAUUCUGAUCAACUUACAGAUUCAUAUACUAACCAAAGGCAUCAAGAAAUUCCUGAAGCUUCUAGGAAUAUAGAAGAUGAUGACUUGUUGCGUUCAUCUAAUUUUUUUGAUGCUGAAAAAAUUAAAAAAAUUGUCGAGAUUUAUGAUGAUGAUUCAGGGUAUCUUCAGUCAGUAAUGAAUAGAUACCAACAUAAACAUAGUGAUACACAAACCAUUGCAAUUCAAGUUCUUCGUGCUAUGGUUAGAAAAAAUCCUAGCAUUACUAAAAAAGAUCUGGAAAAGAAACUCCAUCUAAUGAAUUUUGAAGAAGCUGCUAUUAAUCUGUCAGAGCCUUCUCAGCUUGCUCAGGCUACUCAAGCCAAUUCUGCUCAAGCUACUCCUCAGGCUACACAGACAGAUCAAUCUAACACAAAAUGCUUUGUAUUAUGAAGCAUCCUUAGUGUGA